ACAAGGGAAGAAUAAUGAAAGUGGGCAGACAGGAGAGGUUUCCAGGCCAGACCUUGCUGGAUAUGAAACUGCCGAUAACACCGGACUACAUUCCAUCUUUCCGCUUUGUGGCUUAUUAUGCGGUGGUAACCGAUGCAGGGACGGAGAUAGUAUCUGACUCCAUCUGGGUAGAUGUGACAGACACCUGUAUGGGGACGUUGGAACUGACAGCAGAUAAGCCCAAGGACAAAGGAAUACAGGAGCCUGGGUCAUCAGUGAACCUGAAACUGAGAGCAGAUCACAAGGCCAACGUGGGGCUGGUGGUUGUGGACAAAGGUGUUUACGUGCUCAACAGCAAGUACAAGAUCUCACAGAGUAAGGUUUGGGAGUCUGUGGAGAAGUAUGACAUUGGCUGCACACCGGGGAGCGGUGCUGACUCUGCCGGAGUGUUUCAUGAUGCUGGGCUGGUCCUGCACACAAGCUUCAAGCUGACCACUCCAGAGAGACAAGAUCCUUUAUGUCCAGCGACAUUAAAUCGCCGACGUCGUUCAUCCGCUGCACUGAUUGAGUAUAAAGACAGUAAAGCUAACAAAUACAUAGGCCUGGAGAAGACAUGCUGUUAUGACGGCAUGCAUGUUAACCCCAUGGGUCACAGCUGUGAGCGGCGCUCCCGUAUUAUCCAGGCAGGACAGAAGUGUAUUGAUGCCUUCCUUGACUGCUGCAAGCAAUUUGAGAAGCUGAAGGCAUCUGAGAAGGAACUAACUGAGAAUGAUGACCUAUCAAGAUCUGAUGACGACCUAGAUUACGUGGAUGAUGCUGAUAUAAUAACCAGAUCAGAUUUCCCGGAAAGUUGGCACUGGAAGAUAGAGACAAUGAAAGAGCCACCAGUUGAUGGAAUUUCAACCAAGGCUCUUGAACUUUUCUUAAGAGAUUCAAUAACUACAUGGGAAGUUUUGGCUGUAAGUUUGUCUGCAAACAAAGGUAUCUGUGUGUCUCAGCCAUAUGACAUUCAGGUUAUGCUGAAAUUCUUUAUUGACCUGAAGCUGCCAUAUUCAGUGGUGAGGAAUGAACAAGUAGAGAUACGGGCCAUUCUCUACAACUAUGGCAACAGCAAACUAAAGAUACGCGUAGAUUGGACUUAUAAUGAAGCAUACUGCAGUCUCUCCACUGGUAAAAAGAAAUUCCGUCAAGAAGUUACUAUUGAACCUGAAUCAUCGGUGGCUUUACCUUUUGUCAUUGUUCCCAUAACCUUGGGUGAUCAUGAAGUGGAAGUGAAGGCAGCUGGCCAACAGGUCUCAGAUGGUGUCAAGAAGAGGCUGAAAGUUGUGCCGGAAGGAAGGCGUGUAGCACAGGCUUUGAAAUCAGUGAUUUUGCAUCCAGAAGCUAGAAGCGAAGGUGGGGUACAGCUAGAGACCAUACCAGCAGUGAAUUCCACAUACAUUGUUCCCAAAUCAGAUGUUGAGACUAUUCUCACUGUACAAGGGACUCCAAUUAGUGAAUUGGUGGGGAAAUCCAUUGAUGGCAUCAACCUGAAUCACCUGAUCGCAGCUCCCUGGGGAUGCGGGGAGCAGAACAUGAUGAGUAUGACUCCGCCUGUAAUUGCUACACAUUACCUGGAUGCUACUGGUCAGUGGGACAGAGUAGGAGUGGAUCGCAGGGAGAAAGCCCUCCAGUACAUCCGAGACGGUGUAGAUCGCCAAAUGAUAUAUCGUCAACCAGACUCUUCAUAUAGUGUUUAUGAAAACACACCACCCGGCACACCACGCAGCACAUGGCUCACUGCUUAUGUGGUGAAAGUAUUUGCCCUGGCUUCAAAAGUAGUCUACAUUGACAGAGAUGUGCUGUGUAGUUCUGUGAAGUGGUUAAUACUGAAAAAACAACAGCCGGAUGGGUUAUUCCAGGAGGAUGCACCAGUUUAUGCCCAGGAAUUGCCGGGAGGGAUAAGAAAGGGAGCUCAGGAAUUGGAGUCUACACUCACAGCCUUCGUCCUCAUCGCUAUGCUGGAAAGUGAGAAUAUCUGUAAUCAGAACAUUGGAAAUCUACAGACAAGCAUUGCUAAAGCGGUAAAAUUCAUAAGUGGGGAAUAUCAAUCUCUGCAGAAACCAUAUUCAAUUGCAAUCACUUCAUAUGCACUGGCCAGAGCCGAAAAGCUGACGGACACAAGGAAGCUGAUGUCUGCAUCUACAGGGAAUAAUCAUUGGGAGGAGUCAGGCUCCCACCACUUAUCCCUGGAGGCUACAUCCUAUGCGCUCCUCACACUUGUGAAGUUAAAGCAGUUAAAGCAGGCUGGACCAUUAGCCCAAUGGCUAACAGAGCAGAGAUUCCAUGGAGAGAUUUAUGGAUCAACACAAGCUACGAUCAUGUUGUUCCAAGCUCUUGCCCAGUAUCAGUUAGAGGCCCCAUCUGUCAACGAUUUGGAAAUGGAUGUCACUUUCAAGAUGCCAGGUAGAUCGGAUAGUAAAACUCUUCGCAUCAAUCUUAACAACGCUAUGCUGGCACGCUCGGAACAGACAUCAAAUACUGGAGAGUUUACAGUUACUGCACAAGGACCAGGGCAAGGAAUUCUGACGGUGUUGUCUGUGUAUUACGCUAUUGAAACAGAAAAGGAAAUGAAAUGUAAUAACUUUGAUCUAUCUGUAAAAAUUAGGGAUGAGCCUGGAGCUAAGAUGCCAGAAGGAGCUAAAUCAACCCUGUCCAUUGAGAUCUGCACUAAAUUCCUUGGAACUAAGGAUGCCACUAUGUCCAUCUUGGAGAUUUCUAUGAUGAGCGGCUAUGCCCCAUCUAUCGGUGAUCUCAAAGAGUUGCAAACCAGAGUGGACAGAUAUAUCUCCAACUACGAGGUCAAAGAUCAAGCAUUUGAUCGAGGCACACUGAUCCUGUACCUGGACAAGGUAUCCAACACAGAGGAGGAGUGUUUAAAGUUUAACCUUCAUCAGUACUUUGAAGUUGGUCUCAUCCAGCCUGCGUCUGUCACAGUGUACGACUAUUACUCCCCAGAAAAGCGCUGCACUAAAUUCUACCAUGUGGAAGAGGAUAGUAAGCUUCUAGGAAGUAUCUGCUAUGGAGAUGUGUGCCGCUGUGCAGAACAAAAUUGUUUUAUGCAGCAACAACUGGAUAAAGUUACUGCCAAAGCACGAUUAGAUGCGGCAUGUGAAGGGUCUGUGGACUAUGUCUUCAACGUAACACUCAGUAAGAUUGAGGACAGGGGCAACUAUGAUGUCAAUGUGAUGACUAUUAAGUCAGUCAUUAAGGAAGGCACAGAUGUAAUCGUUAGUGGUCAGAGUCGUAGUUUUAUCAGUCAUGAAAAAUGUCGAGAAGCCUUACAGUUACAGGAGGGCCAAGACUACCUGAUCUGGGGGGUGACUAAAGACCUGUGGAACAUAGAUUCUAAGUAUUCUUACAUGGUCACCAGAGACACCUGGAUUGAGAGGAUGCCAACUGACAAGGAAUGUCAGAAACCUGAGAAUCAAGAUCUCUGUGAGGACUUAUUCAACUUCACAGACGAGCUGGAGUUCCGUAGUUGUCUCCAGUGAAUCACAUUUUGCAUUUCAUAUUCAGUCUAUAAAUGUAUUGAUUCUAAAUAACAAUAAAACAGUCGUCUCUGUUA